AUGCAUUAUCUCAAUCUCAACCCUACUGCUGCCGUCGCGGCAGUAGCUCUCCUUUCUGCGCUCCCCGCCGCGCAAGCUAGCUUAUACACAAAGAGCUCCCCUGUUCUUCAAGUGAAUGCAAAGAGUUACGAUAGACUAAUUGCCAAAUCGAACCACACCUCUGUGGUCGAAUUCUAUGCGCCAUGGUGCGGACACUGCCAGAACCUGAAGCCCGCCUACGAAAAGGCUGCCAAGAACCUCGACGGCUUAGCCAAGGUUGCUGCCGUCAAUUGUGACGAAGAUGAGAAUAAGCAAUUCUGCGGCAUGAUGGGUGUCCAAGGCUUUCCUACGCUCAAAAUCGUUCGCCCAGGGAAGAAGACGGGGAAGCCUGUUGUAGAGGACUACCAGGGAGAACGCUCUGCCAAGGCCAUAGUCAAUGCCGUGGUAGACAAGAUCAGCAACCAUGUCAAAAGGGUAUCCGACAAAGACAUCGACACCUUCCUCUCCACCAAAAAUGAAACCGCCAAAGCUCUACUAUUCACGGAGAAGGGUACCACAAGCGCCUUGCUGCGCAGCUUGGCAAUCGACUUCUUGGAUGUUAUCUCAUUUGCUCAGGUUCGAAAUAAGGAGUCCAAGACGACCGAAAUGUUUGGCAUCAAAUCCUAUCCCGCUCUAGUCUUAUUGCCUGGCGGUGAUAAGGACGGUUUAUUGUACGAGGGAGAGAUGAAGAAGCCCGAUAUGCUCAAGUUCUUGUCACAGGCUGGCGGGCCCAAUCCGGAUCCAGCGCCUUUGAAGUCGAAGAAUGACAAGAGUGAGAAGAGCAAAAAGGACAAGAAGGACAAGGCGUCUGGGGCUUCUUCUGAAACUACCUCUACUACCACAACCGAAUCAUCUGAAGCCAGCGAAUCCCCCACCGCCGAGUCAAAGCCCAGGCUAGCUGAAUUAGCCCCUCCGAUCCCUGCGAUCACAUCGUCCCAAGCACUCAUUAAUGAAUGCUUACAUCCCAAAGCCCAUAUUUGCGUCUUGGCUUUUGCGCCCGCGGCUCAUGGUGAAACAGCUGAGAAGGCGUUGACCAGCUUGUCCGAGAUUGCCUUCAAGCAUGCCCAGGCUGAGCGCCGCCUAUUUCCUUUCUUCGAGGUUCACACGGACAAUGAUGCCGUCGCACCUGUGUUCAAAGGUCUUGAGCUGACAGGUGAGGUCGAAGUGGUCGCUAUUAACGCAAAGAGGGGAUGGUGGCGACACUAUGAGGGCGACUUCAGCUCCGCAAGUGUAGAGAGCUGGAUCGACGCCAUUCGCAUGAACGAGGGCCCCAGGAACAAAUUACCCGAGGGAAUCAUUGGCGAAGUUAGCCAGGAGUCUGAACCCACAACAGGAAAGCCUGUUGAGUCAGUCGAGGUGAAGCUAGAGGAAGACGUCAAAGUCGAGGUAGAGACGGAGUCAGAGACAUCAUGGCAAGGCGCGGAGCCCACGCCAGAAGCUACUGAUGCUCCCCCAAAGCACGAGGAGCUGUAA